AUGAUCACUUUUUUCACACACUCGAUAAUGAAUGUUCACGAUAGAGGAAAAUUGACAUUUACAAUGGACAAUUUGUUUGAACAACUUGUGCUAUAUAUGUGCCAAAGAAUAGAAAAGAAAAAAAAUGCGCUGAAUUCCUAUGCGGAUGUAUUUUCUGUCAUCAGAGCCGCGUGCUUGGAGAAGUUUGGUUAUCCUAAUGGUAAAUAUUGUAUCUCAGAAGCAACAGAAAUAGUUGCAUUGUGCAAAGUUAUUGCGUUCCAUAAUAAACUACGGAUAAACUUUUCAAACCAAAGAGUCUGGUUAAUUUAA